GCUUGUGGGUAAGUGGUUAGACAAGCAAUAGUUUUGUUGUUACGGUUAACGGUGUCAAAACCACUUUUUGCCUUGGGAGUAGAUCGAACCAAAGAAACAAAAGCUCAUCUGAGUUCCAGUUGAAACUUGAAAGUUUAUACCCAAAUUAAAAUGAUCGCCGCAGAAAACAGCCCCACCACAACCGGCGCCACCGGGACAACCACCGUAGACGGCGGCGGAAACGACGGCCUUGUUCUUUCAACCACCGAGACCAUACAUUCGUUUCUUGCCGGAGCUUUGUCGGACGUCGAACUCUCCGAUGACCUUAGAGAACUCGCAUCCUCCCUAUGCGAUCAUCCCACAUUACCAUACAAGCAUCUGAGGUCGAUUUGGAUCUGUUCUAACUCAUCAACACGACCCGAUCUAAUGGUCAUGUUAUUCGGAUCCAAUUUCGUGUUUUCCAGCCCAAAGCCUAGAGAGAAAAGCGAAGAACUCAAAGCUCGGUUGAGGAAACUGGAGGAAGCUUCGGAGAGAAAAGCGUAUGAUGAAUUGGUGAAAGAUAUUACUCCUAAGAAAGUUGUCGAUGAACCCUUUUCUUCUUACAAAGAUCAAAUGGGCUUUGGUGGUGAAACACCCCUUGAGUGGACAAGAAAGGAAGGAUUUUUUGGUACAACCUUCAAUUUCAGACCCAGGAGUCGACUUCCAAUCAGUGUUGUCAAACAAGCCAGAAACUAUAUGAAAAACAGGCCAGAGUGUUUUGGGUCGCUUAGGCAGCGCUUCAGUUCAGAUUGGUGCUGAGAUAUGCGAAGUGGGCAUCACUGACUGACUGAUGUUCUUAUUAUGGGAAAUAGGCCUAAUUGGCGGGUGUUUUUGAAUUUAGCAUUUCAAGUUCCUUGCUGUAAAACCAAUAUUGGAGUAGGCUUCUUUGAUAACAUGGGACUGCACAUAGUGAUGAUUAGUUUAUAGUAUCCCAGUGCCCAUUAUAACCACCUGAGGUUGGAGGAAGGAUAAAUGGAUCCAUUGGUGUUAAAUUAGCACUAGAGAUGUUGGAUGGAGAGGGAGUACAAAAUGGAAAAUCUUGAAACUAGGGAUGAAAUUGUUAGUUUCAACAUGAAGAUGAUGCAUCAAGUACCAAGAAUUUGUAAAUGAAUUGCUCUUCUUUUUUGUUUUCUUUUUUUAAAUGAGUUGCUAACUCUUGAUUUCAAAUUUAAAAGGAACUUCUUCUUCUCUUCUUUUUCUUUAUUUUGCUUUUGUUUUUAUGACAAGUCUUUGCCUAGUUUUGUUUUAGUCAAUGCCUGCACCCAUGCUUGCUGCAUAGAGUAUGAUAACUUAUGAAUGUUUUUCUUUUCUGCUUUUGAAGUUUAUAUUUGUGAAAGAUAAAACAAGAGAAAAGAAGAGAGAUAACUGCUAUUGAAUUGAUUGAUGAAUGCGAGGGCUUCCUAUAAAGUGGAUACAUGAAAUUGGAUUGUUUUCCUAAUUAACGGAAAUAGUAAUUGUGAAAAAUUCAUUAAGAAUAUUCUCUACAAUAUUUUGUACAAUUAUGACAUAUAGAAUUAAAUUUGGAGACAUUCCAACAUAUAGUUGCAUUAGUUCUCUUGACUUUCAAUGCGGACUAUCAAUUUUAUGGUGGUGAAGCAACUUGAUUUUGUGAAGUGAAACUGGCAUGCCGAGUCGAGUAUCUGAAAAAAAGUUGUUCCUAAAGAAGCAGUUAUUUCAACAAUAUCGUUGCCGAAAUGUGAUAAAAGAAAAAUAAAAUUGAGUUGGUACCAUCAUCAAGUAGAUCUGAAUGACGGCGGUGCUACUAUGAAUCGAUGUAGCGUAAUUGAGAAUGAGGACAUGCACGAUGCCAACUUUACUUGAUCAUUUACAAAGACAAGCAUGCUGCUAGCUUGACUGAAUAAUGGUAGCUGACAGUUGACGGUGUUGAAAACUUGAAUGUGCAAUAACAUGACAUUAACUGUGUGACUGAUGACAUGGUACUGAUGGGACAAAAGUAGACCACUGACAUGACGGGGCAAAAUACUUGACAAAUCAUCUUUACUGAUGAGUGAUGACAUAGUCAUAAACAAAAUGAAUUUUUGACUUGUCAGGUAGGUAAUGUAGACCAAUAAUAUCAGCACUACGAUAAAAAUUAAUAGUACAUGUGACUCGUGAGCCAAUGUACCAGUAGAGACUUGAGCUCUCUGGCUGAAUGUGUGAGCGAGUGUGGAGAAAUUUGAAAAUGAGAGUUUAAUAUUGUGUAUAACAAAACGAACCUUUAUGAUGUUAGAAUUGGGUCGAAUGAUGGAGAAUAUCAAAGAAAAACAUGACAAGAGAUGUGGUAUCACUGGAUUGAUCAUCGGAAAGAAAUAAGAAUGAUAAACUAUAAAAGAACUUUGAAUGACACCUCUGUGGUAGGCAAAAGCUACUUAGAUCUCUUGCAAGAUCGUAGAAUCUUUGCUACCAUGUGAAAAGAGAGAACAUGAGAGAAAAUUCUCAUUGAAUUGAGUGACAACAUUGGAGCUUAUGAUGUAGAAAAUUUUAAAAUAGAAAACUUCCCUGAUUAUUGGGAUUCCUUAUUUUGGAACAAUUUUUGGGAUCAUUUGAUGUAAUAUAUUUUCACAUUUAACCUGUACAUAUAGAAUAAAGUAGACACAUUCUAGCAUAACUGCUUCGGUUCUCAACUUUUAACAAUGAUUUCACAUUUUUCUGAGAAAAGGUAAGUUUUAUAAUUUUAACACAAAAUGUGCUUCAAUACUAAUAAAGAUAAUCCAGUCUCCAUAUCUUUAUCUAUCCAAUACAGCGGGGAUUCUAAUGUAUCUAACAAAGAUUUUACUUCAGUAACAAAUUCUUCUUUCCAUUAAAAAGAAAGACAAAAAUAUACAGUUGUUGGAGCUGUUUUUUUUUUUUUAAAAACAUCUAGCAUUCGUUCUCCAAAUGGUCCAUCAGAUUGUAGCUGAUAUGGUACACCAUCAUCUCUUGUACGCCAUCAUCUCUUGUACGCCAUCAUCUCUUUUGCAACUAUUACAGAAAGCAUGCUACUUCCAACGGUGCUUUUGUUCUCCAUAUGUUCCUCCAUGGCCAGGUGUUAGGUCUGCCUUCACCAACAGUCAAAAACUAAUAGUAAGAGCUUACAGUAAAUGAACUUGAGCUAUGCAUCUUCCAAAAUUCCUUUCAUCAUUGCUGGACAAGGUUUGAAAAGGCUCCAAUUAUCUAAUAAAAUCUGUCGUCCUGUUUAUCUCCCUGUUCCGCUCAUUCUGGAUUCUGCAAUUGUUGAUUUCACAUUCCUCCUUAAUGAAUGUAGUACUUGCGGACUUGACCUAUUGUUUUUUCAGCUGAUUAUUAGAUAGAAUAGAGGCUUUGGAGAAAAAGUCCUCCUAAAAAAUGUGAUGUGUCCUUUUUAGAACUUGGCCUCUUGCUUGUGUUAAUCUGUGUGUCCGCAUGCGCGUUUUGUUGCGAAAGCCAGUGCAUAUUCUGUUUCCUCAUCUUGCUACUUUAUUGAGUACUGCGGCAAUUCUUGGGAGAAGUUACUGACUGUUAUUUCAUCAGUUAUUUAAACUAUACAAUUCUUGGGAGACGUUCUAGUACUGACUGUUAUUUCUCAGGUUAUUUAACAUUAAAAUCAAAUCCCUUAAGCUGCCUUCUUAUGAAGUGUAUCAUAUCACUUGAUUUGCUAAUGUCAAUUGUGAGUUGAUACAAUUGCUGCAUCCUGAUUUGACCAUGUGACUCUGAGAGAGUCCGUAGUGAACUAGGUACCGCUAACUUGUAGCUUGUGUACAUGAGCUUAUAGUCUGUGUUCUCUACCAACUUAGAGUAUUUCAUUUUUUUGCUUUUCCGCUCUUUCAGGUUAUGUUCUCUGUUAGCCUGUUAGGUAGAUUCUUUAGAAUUAACAAGAUGUUGAUUUGCAGUUUAAUUCUCA